UUCGUACAUGUAUGUAUAGCCACAACCCAUAUACAUGAGAUCCUCCUCUCUGAAAAUCGAUAAUUAUACCAGACUACAAAACAAAAAGACCCGUAUAAAGACGUCUUAAGGAAUACCAGAGUAAUGGCGUGGGGCGGGACAGGACAAACAAGAUGUCAUUUUGCUUGUCAUUAUUGGCCCACAGGAUAGUUAUAGUUUUUGUUGAUUUUCCUCGGCAUGCAGGGAUUCAGACUGUAAGGAGCCGUUCAGACAGGAGUCACACAAUGGAGUUGACGCUUAUAUAAACUUUGCAAUUGACAAUGGUUUAAGUAUUUCGAGAAGUCUUGUUCAUUUUUGUUUCAGUAUCUUCGCCCAAAAUGACAAGAUGGCGUAACGCACGAAGGUGUAUUUAUAUAGCACCUUGUGAUGAUAUUCUGGUGUAAGCUAUAACUUCAACUAUGGAUUAUCAACAAGUUUCUCGCUCACUUAUAGUCUGUUCAAAUGAGAAAUUAAUUAUGUAUCAUUCGACUUUUGGUUCAUCGAAAGAAGGAAGACAUUCCGAAACUAUAUGAUGUAGCCUCAAGAUGGAUGUUUGACGAGUACAGGAAGUAUACAGGAUAGCACUACAGUCCUGAAGAAAGAAUGACGACUACAAUGAUGAUACAGAAACGCAAGCGUGAUAAGGCCCAGGAGCAGCUCCGAAGUCGAAUGCGACAGCGGGGAGAAGGACAUGGAACCUCAUCUACAAUGCUUCAAGCCCGGCGACGGUACACAUUUCGUGAUGGAAAACGUGAUACCAGUCUGUCGGGAGGCAUGAUGAAUAAGGCAUCAUCUAUAACCGUGACGCCGGGGGAUCUUCUGGGUACUAACUACAUGCAUUGGCAGCCAGACAUGUUGCCCUCCUCCGGCGGAGUUGUCUCAGAUCGUACGCAAUCCGACAUCAAGGGCGCCGAUCCCAUCCCUAUGAGUGAGCUCAUCAAAAGAGUCUUGCAGAGGAAAGUGGAUAACCUAGAACUGGGCUCGAGCAUCUUACCCAUCGGGAACCUGAAGUCUCGCCAUGUUCCGUAUGCACUACGCCACAGUUCACAUAUCAAGAAAAUUUUGGGUACGAUGUCCAAACACAAAGCGAAAGAAAGCACCAAUAAACCAAUUGUCGUGGUCGCCGACAUUAAAGAAACUGACGCCAACGGUCAACAACGCUUAAGAAGUCAUGCAAAGCUAAAGAACCAAUUAAAACCACGGCCGACAAUUGAAAGUACCCCUUCUAUACAGGAUGAUUCUCAAGGAUCUAGUGCUUCGAGGACUUCCUCAAAGAUUGAUGAGCCUCAGACUCGUCGAUUACCAAGUGAUCAAAAUCUCCCUGAUCCACUCGGUCAGCCCCAUAGAGGUAACGACAUUUUGUCGAAUUAUCGGCUGCAGACCACAAGAGCGAAAAAGAUGAUUGGUAAACAAAUGGCGUUGCAGCAUCGCGACACAAGGAAACAAACUUUGAACGAAAGGGCAAUGCAAAAACCAAAACCUCUACCCGCUAUUAAAUCCGAGACUAAUUCAAGCAAACGGGACAAGAACUUGACGAGUCGUUUAAUCGAGGAUGCGGUCAUCAAGAGCAAGACUCGAUGUUCGUCUGGGGACGAUAUCAUUAAUCUGAAAACGGCUCAGUCAGAAGCGAUGCAGAAACUUGAAGAUAUGGGCGAACCGACGUUACUUGGGACGCCUAGGAGAUCCACACAUAAGAUGCUACGAUUUAAGAAUAAUUUGGGCAAGGUGGAUAGACUGUUGGCCAUAGAGGAAGAUAAAUGAAUCACACAAGCCAGGAAGCCCUUUAUGGUUUGAAGGAGAACCCGUCGAUUUCAGAUUCAAUAUCAAGAUCGAAAUUGCCAAAGUGCACAAUGGCUCUUCUGUUUCGAAGAAGGCCAUAGACGAUGGUGGAUAGGCUACUCAUAGUGUGGGGCCUGGUUCUUUCCAAAGUUUCUAUGCGGAGCACUAAGAUGUAAAUUUAAUAUUCGAGAAUGGAGGAGGGGGAAUGACCUGUCCAGAUGAAUCUUGGAGAGGGCCCCUUUCUUCUGACGUCACGCUACGUCGUGUACCGUUCUUUCACCCAUUCUAAUUCAUCCUU